CUCGCGGUACCGGCGAGUCAUCUCGUGUACACUCUCCGGAAAAACACGUGUUUGCAAAAUUAUCGAAAUAGUAAAUAGUCGAGUAUAGCCUUACACUGCGAAAUCGGAAUUCACCUUGAUUCCAUUUUCAAAUAUGACUCGUAACAUUUUUAAUGUUUACAAAUUUUAUUUACGGCCAGAACUAAAUUAAAAAGUGACUUUUGAUUUGAUUAGUUAUGUGAUAUAACGACUCUUUUAAACUGCAAUGUUCUAUUGUUCCGACAUUUGAGAAGCUCGCACGGUUUACACGCCGCGCUGUACAAAUUAUUAGAUAUGAAGAAAAUGUCUACAAAAAGUAAAAUGAAGUCGUAAGCAAGGCGGUGAGAGCAAUGCAGUUGUGGGACGAAUGGCUGGACGUUGGCGGCGCGGGGUGACAUGGCCGUUACGCUGCUCCUGUUCCUGAGCAUCGCCUCAGCGGGUGCGCACUUCGGCGACGUCUCGCGCCGCGACGCCGGCGAUGUCUUCACACUCAUUGGUGAGGAGUGUGCUCUGGGGCACUGUGGCGAACACGGAGCGAGGGCUAGUACAGAAGUGGUCACAGGUGUUGGAGAAGCCGUCGACGACAGGUGCUCCUGCACGUGCCCGCAUCGAGCGCCGCUCUUUAGAGAAGACCGAGAACUGUGUGUCGAUGAUCUGCCCGAAUGUUCCUUGGCAACAUUCGGAUCAGGAGCUAGCGAACAACGAAUACCACUAGUAUAUUUACCGCUGAAAGGCCAAAUUAUUCAUCCGUCCAAAGAAAUCACAUUCAAAGAUGUGAAGACACCAAUCUGUGCGGUCUCGGGCGCUCAAUUUCUCACCCGCAAAGGAUUCCUGGAUCUUCGCAAUACACUCGACGCUGAUGUGCCCUUCAAUUUGUUUCGUGACGAGGGUAGAACAUUUUUGCAGUGGAGCGGCGAAGAUGAAGUGCGUGGUCGUAUGACUGGCCGCGUGAUAGUUGUACGUCUAUUGUGCCGAGAUGUAGCCUCUGCACCAGCAUCUCCGCUUGACCUACGUGGUGUGUUCACGCCCUGUGUCGCCUUCAAAGUGCAGGGAUCGCCGCCUGCAACUGCUUCCAACGUUACAGAAGUACAGUUCGCACCCAAUGCGCAUACGUCGGAGACGACAAACACGUCAGGACUCACCAUAACAGAAUAUGUCGCAAUUGGCAUUAGCUCUCUACUCCUUGGACUCAUUUAUGUUGCCUCGGUUUUUCUAUACCUGCACAUUCGAAAACGUCGAAGAGCAGCUUCCAAUGAAGGAACUAUUAACAGACUAAAGGGUAUAAAAAAGAAAGAUGGCUCCAUAAUAACUGAACGUGAUAUCGUCCGUGUAAAGAACGAAAGCAUUCAAUCCUUACCAAAUUCUCUGGGACAAGACAAUGGGAUAGUAAAAAAUAAUCCUCUGCUGAAUAUACCUCGACAAUUUCACGAAGCCAAAAGUUUCCCAAGCGAUUCAGGAAGUAAUAUAUCUGAUUCUGAAGACUUUGGUGACAGUAGUGCUAAAAGCGAAGAGCACGUGUUUAAUAACCAGAUAACUUCAGCAGUAGUACAUUUACACAAUGGUGAAUUAACACAUCAAAAUGAAGCCUCGGAAUUUAAUCAUCGAGAUGAAUCUAAUAUUGAACGCCUUCCUGAUGAGCACGUUUCCAUAGUGGAAACGACAGACGAUAGAGAGAUAGCACGACCAGUUGGCACUACCCGACGUAAACUUUACUUUAACCCAGCAUAUUUCGACCCACAGUUGAUGGCGGAACCUCCAGCUGCUGCAUUAGAGUUCCUAGUAAAAAUUAGAGAAGUAAUAGCUAUUGCCAAACAUAAAAUGGCAGCUAAACGCUUUCAACCGAUUUUAAAUCAAAUACCUGAAGAAGAAACUUAUCCGUCUAUAGGAAAUAGCAUAGAUAUUUAUCAAGGUCUUGGAAGUCAGAGAAGCGGAAGUGCCAUUAGUCUUAAGAGGGAAAAUAGUAGAAAGAAAACUGUAAGCUGUGUAGGAUGUCCCGGAUGCAAAUCUGAUAAUGGUAGUGAUAUGCAUAGCCUGUUAAAAUUUGACAUGCCUGCUUGUAUUAACUGUAUGCGAGGUAAAGGUGAUAAGCAAAAUAGUAUUCGAAAGUGGCUCGAAAAUAUACCAACAGGAAAACAAGGCGAAUUUAUAUCAAGUCAAAAUUUAAAUAAUUCAAUUACAGUACGUCCAGUUAGUGAAAGGCACAAAAUACGGAAGCAAAAUAGUUUUUCGAAUACAGAAUUUAUAAGUCCAAAUGAUACUUCUCUACGUAAAUAUUCUUCUAUAUCCAAUAGGUCCGUAAAAUCUGAACCACCACUUAGAAACUAUAAUAUUCCUCUUCCUGAAUAUAAUACCACGCAGUGUCAAAACAACUAUAAUCAUUAUGAUCAAUCCGUUUCGCAUUUGGAUGAGAUUAAACCUGAUCAUAUUGAAUAUCGCUCAGGAAGUCUGAGAAACAACGCUCUAGCUAACCAACGGAGGAAUAGAUUUAUGACAAAUAAAAAUUCUUUACCAGAUAUGGUUAACGAUACUUUAGAUGACUGUUCAAAAACUUAUAAUCAUAGUAGUUCAGAUGAGGAACGAUUUAACAAAAGUUCCAAUAGUGCAAAAAUAAAUGCCUUUUCAAGACGGACAUCCGAGAGUCCCAUAGGAAACGAUUACGAAACAGAUAGUCUCGAACGAACCUCCGCACAAAAAAGAAUAUCAACACCCACAGACUACAUUGAAAUUCCUUCUUCACAAGCGAGUCCUAGUUUGAGUAAUGCAUUACCUCUGGAAGAGGAACUUACGAUGAGGAAUGCCGUAUAUAAAACACAUUCUAGUAGUAAUAGCAACACUCCAUCACCACAAAGAGAUGUUCGAAUUGAUCAAAAUCAUUAUGAAACAAUUGAUAAAAUAAAAACUAGAAGUAUCGAUAAACAAAAUAUCAACACUAAAACUGAUAAGAAUGAUUAUAGCUUAGUAAGUGAAGUAUACGUCAAUAAUAAUUAUAAUUUUGGUAGUACACCAACAUCACCAAGUGGUUCUGAAUGCUCUAUGGGCAGUAGAAAAUUAAUCUCAAAUAUCAAUAAUAAUGUAGAAGGCAAACCAGGUUGCUUAACUAUAGAAGUCGUAGAUCCACCAGAAAAUUACAUCAAAAUUCACGAGUCUGAUGGUUUCGAACCCGAUACACUUGAUAGAAAACAUCCAAAACACAAAGAAAUUGUAAAAAGUAUUCAGUCCAACAAAAAUAACUUCUUAAGCAAUGAAGGUAAUAAAACUUCAUCUUCCAAUCAACGAAUACAAUUAAGAAGUAGCGGAACUUUUAAAAAACCAAAUCAAAAGACAGAAAACAUGUCAAAAUUUAAUAGCUUGAGAAAUGAAUAUGAAUAUCGCAAAAGUAUUCACGAACGACCCAAGUUAUUACCGAACGCGUUCAGUGGAUCAAAAAGUUUAGAUGAGACGGAUAACACUGUUGAAGAUCUCGAAGACUGGGCUACAGAAGAAGGGCGUAUAUUAACCUUGGAACUUAGACAUUCUAAAAGACAGCGCCAAUGCACACCACCAACAAUUAAACAAUUAAAGAAUUUAGCGCGACCUGACAUCCUUCCCCCGUUACCGCCCACUGAAGACAGUCCAAUAUAUGAGCAACCCGCAUAUCCACCACGGAAAGUAGAAAUUGAAACACAUAUUGGAUCACAAUCAAAAAACGUGAGUGGCAGAAGCCUCAGCCCGAGAAUAAAUACUAAAAUUACGGCAACUGAAUCCUUGUCGAACAACUUAAAUUCUAUACCAAAAAAUUCAAAUUAUGGACCUUCCUGCAGUCCAUUGAGAGCUUCUGACCAAUUACAGUUCUCGGAAUACGAAAAUGUAGAACUAAUAAAUGAUAAAACUAAAACGGGUGAAUUUUGCAGGAAUUCAAAUAGAAGAUCAACAGGAAGAAGUAAUAAUUGUGACAUUAAUACUAAUACUUUUGUAAAGGAAUCAAAACAAGAAAUACAAUCAAAACAACGAUUUAGAAGAAGAAAAGGUAAAAAUGUAGAAGAUUCUGGUUAUUUAAGUAGUGAUUCGAUGAGUUCGAGACAACAAGUUCAGAAGAAAUUGAUUACCGUUCCCAAAAUUGUAAGUUGUAGUGAAAGUGACGAUACAGAAAACGAAGCUAGAAGUGAAUCUGGUGCCGAAAGUAUAGAAACACAUUCAGUUUAUUUUGGUAGUUUUAGGAAACCCCAAAUAAAUAUUGAAAACAAUGGCAAUAACAUCAAAGGUGAAAGAGACAGUAGUAAAAAAAUAAAGCGUUCUAAAGAUUGUGUAUAGAGACUUGUAAAAAAUAGUGCAAUAAAUUUAACGAACUCUGUGCAAUAUCAUGUGCAAUAAUAUCCUUAUACUUACGAGUAUUAUAGAUAAUAGAUAUUAUAUUAAUAUACACUAAUUAGGUAUAACAAUACUGAUUCAUACCUCUAUAUCAGAAAUAAUUAUAUUGUAAAUAUGGAAAAUAGAUAAUACAUAACAUAGAAAUAACAAAUGGCCGGACGUGCAAUGCAAUCGUAGUAUAGUUUUGACAUAUAUACAAUAAAUCAUUGUUUUAUAUUAUUAGCAAUUUAUUUAUCACUAGAAAUGUUAUAUAAGUUCAAUGGAAUGACUAUUUUUGUGCUAUAUUUUUUAUAUAAUUUAUUAUCAUGUAAAUACCUAAGGAAGAGUCAGGCGGCAUAAUAUGGCUUCCUAGUACCUGACAGAAUCUAAAAGUGCUCCAGAGGGAUUUAAUCUACUGCUUUUCGUAGGCGCCCUCUGUUAGAGCACAGGUAAAUAUGGUAGUGGCAUUCGACGUUGGUUGGGAACAAACAAUCUUUUUUUUAAAUAAAACAUUAAUAGAAUUAGAUAUGCCUAUAAAGUUUUCUGAUAAUGCGUUACUAGUAUAUAAGUAACAAUAAACAAGUCGAUAUUAAUACACGUAAAUAAACUAGAUUGCUUGUUACCAACAGUCAGGGAUCUUCUUUCGGUUGUGGUAAAUAUUAUAAAAAUUUGUUAAGUAUAUUAUAUUGAUAUUUUUUUCUGCACUUGACAUAUUUAGUUAACAAAAAUCUUGGCAUGUCUAUAAUAUCGCAAUAAUUUUUCAGAAAAUUGUAUAAUAUUGCGCAGUUCUGAAUAUACAAAAAUUAAAACGAUGAUAUUAAUUUUUAUAAAUAGCAUAUAACUUUGGUCCAUUUUUAAAUAAAUAAAUGCAAUAAAAAGACAGUAAGAUUGUUUACUGAUUGUUCUAAGUGUGAAAAAAAAAAAUACAAUUAGUAGUAUGUGCAAUCAUGAUACUAAGUCAUACUCGAGUUGCGAACUUGAUUAUUAUCGAGUAGGUAAAUUACUAAAACAAAAAGUUACUUUAUCUUCGUAAUGUCUUCAUAAUCUUCAUAGUAAUUUAGUUUAAUAACAAUUUAGAUCAUUUCCACCGAGCAGGGGACUUAAGUGGCAUUAUUUUAUCCAAUCGUGGUUAGAUUAGUUUGAUGCUAGGUUUGAUGGCUAGAUAUAAUUUUUAUCAAACCAAACAAGUUUGCCCAUGAAAUUUUAUGUAAUUUAAUUAAAUAUAUUUGUAGACAAUAUACAUAAUAUAGCUGAUCUAACGGUGCUAAGAAAUUUCAAAACUGGAAUACCGGGUAUUUAAUUUCUAAUGGGUUUUUGCAAUCCUUUUUUAAUAAGUUUUUUUAUAAGAUUAUUUUUAUAAAUUUUAUUUAUUUGUUAUUAUAUGGUCAUGUUUGUUUUGCUUAUUGUUCGUGUUAUUAUUAUUUAUUAUUAAAUAGACAAUAUAAAUAAAUGCUCAAUAAUUAGUAAAUAAGAUAUUUUUAAUUGUAACAAAAUUAUAGAGAUUGUAUACUAUGCUCUCUGUAUAACCAAUCUUGAUAUUUUAAUAGAUAAUAAUUAAAACAUUUUAAUUACUAAUUAACAGCAAUAUGAUUUUUAUUAUUAUAGUUAAUACUUUACACUACAUAUUACAUAAUAUCAAAUAUUAAAGACAAAUAAGUAAACAAUGGAGCCGAUUCUGAGGAGCCAUUUUUCCAAAACUAUUUCCUAAUCAAUAUUUUAACUUAAUAAGUUCGCGAAAUUACUGUUUUACGGAUCAUUAAAUUAUCAAAAAAUGUGUUUAUAUGGGUACAACUUACAAUAAAGAUUUCGUUAUAAUAUCAAAUUAAAAUUUCAAUUUUAGAGAUAACUCAGAAUCGACCCUAAUGUUUCUCUUAUAAUUCUAAAUAUUUAUUAAAUAAUUCUUACCAAUUAAAUAUGUAUAAAAUCGAAUUAAGAAUUUUUAAUUAUAAUUUAUACAGUCAUAUUCGCAAAAUCACAUUAUUGAUAAUCGAGAUAAGAGCAUUAUCAUUAAACAUAUAUGAACUACUUAUAUAUGAAUGGUAUAUCUUGGGAUGUAUUCAUUAAAGAAAACUUAGGCUAUUUGCUUUGAUACGGUCGAUUCAUUUCUAACAGUGGUAGACCAAACUGAAUACAAUCGCCACUGUUUUAGUAAUUAUAUUAUGUACUAAAACAGUUUAGUUUUACCAUCAUUAUCAAGAAAUAAAUAAGUACAUUUCUAAAAAGAUGAACUGAAAUAAAUAAAUGUGUAAGUA